UUGUCUGUCAAUAGCCACACGGAACGUGAUUUAAUAGAAAAUUGCUCUGCCUCUUAAUUUUGCUGAACCAAUUGCUCGGAGAAAUUUUUUAACGUUAUACUGAACAAAUAUUUAGUGUUUAACUAAUUUAGUAAAUUAUUUAGUAAAAAAUAAAAAAUGGCAAAGUGGGGUGAAGGUGAUCCACGUUGGAUUGUUGAAGAACGUCCGGACGCAACGAAUGUCAACAAUUGGCAUUGGACGGAAAAAAACGCUACACCUUGGUCCAAGGACCGUUUAGCACAAUUAUUUAAAGGACUUAAGAUUGAAAAGGAUGGCAUCGAAUGUAUUGUAGAUAAUGUUGACGAUUGUACUGGUGAAGCUACAGUUAACAAUCGUAAAGGGAAACUUAUUUUCUUCUAUGAAUGGAAAUUGAUACUUAAAUGGACUGGAAAAUUAUUGAAUAAUAGCAAUUUAGAGCAUAAAGGUAAAAUAACUAUACCGAAUUUGUCCGAAGAAAACGAUUUAGAUGACAUAGAGAUAACCAUUACCAUUGACGAGUCCAACGAUGAAUCGGAAAAUCUGAAACAGUUCAUGUAUAAUAAUGGACGAGAUGUUGUACGGAAACAGAUCGCAUUGUAUAUCAAGGAAUUGAAAGAGGAAUAUUCCAAAAAUUUAAUACUUCCGAAAAAGGGCGAAGAAAAUACUGUAGUCUCGCCAAAGAUAAAACAAGCCGGAUCCAGUAUCGCAGCGGAAGCUAAUUUAUCGAAUAGUGCAAAUACAGUGAAAGCCAGUGAUAAAUCAGGGAAUAAUGUUGGCUGUAAGUUAGACGUAAGAACGUUAAGAAUGGCUGUUGAGUUCAAUUGUAGUGCGAACGAUUUAUAUAAUGCCUUGACAAAAGAGGAUAUGUUAACUGCUUUCACCCGUGCACCAGUUAAAGUGUUGCCAACGCGCGGUGGAGAAUUCGUUUUGUAUGGCGGUAAUGUGCUAGGUAAGUUCGAAGAACUGGUACCAGAAAAGAAGAUUCAACAAACUUGGCGACUUAAAAACUGGCCUUCAGGUCACUACUCCCAGGUUGUGAUAGACUUGGAGGAGACGAAAAACAACACCCAAUUGAAGCUAACACAAACUGGCAUUCCUGCGUCCGAAUAUGAUGCUAUGACCACAAACUGGCACCGAUACUACUGGGAGAGCAUGAAACAAACGUUUGGCUUCGGCUUAUCUAUAUCGGGUUUAUGGUAAAACUAGUUAGUUGUGUUAGGCGUUGCGUAGUAAAAUAAAAUAUCAUGUAAACAAAAACCUCAUUGCCCAUAGACGUCAUAUAUAUAGACUAUGUAUAUUGAAUGAGCAACAAAAACAAACAAACACCACAAAGAGCUGCACUUUAUAGGUUAUUUAAUUAUUUUCCGUUUAGAAUUUAUUUAUAUACGCUUUAAGAACAGCCAAGUUUCGCGUGCGCUUGGUGAUGGCUUCAACUAAUUACAGCUGAUCGUCUCUUUUUCCUACGCAAAAUAUAAAACAACAAUGAGGAAAAUUGCUUAAUCUUUGGAUAAAAAAAAGUUAGAACAAAGUAAUGAAAUCAAUGUAUAUUUUAAUUUGGGCACUUGUAUUAAAUAUCUCGAUUUUUUUUAAUUUUUCAUUUUAGAAAUUAGAUUGUCGAUGUAAUUUCUUGAAAACAAAAAGUCGCAAAUAAACGAAAGAUCUGGCCACAGUUUGAAGGCAAAUAUUAA